GUCAGAGUGAAAUACGUCGCUGAUAACACUAAAUUGCCACACAAGCUCUUCAUUCUUCAUCCUUCAUCCUAAGCACCAAAAUCCACUAAAAUACAGCGCCCGAUAAUGCAAAUGUAAAAAGCGCCUUGGAGCAAUUUCAUCUUUUAUUAUAUUUUUUUGGUCAUUAUUUCAUUUUAACUUUUUUUUUUGGUCAUUUUUGCUUUAUGCAUAUUAUUCCAGAAAAUUCGUAUUCUUAUUAUAGAAAUGUAAAUGAUUUGCAGCAGUUCCUUAAAAAAGAAGCAAGGAUACUGUUUUUCUCAUUGAAUAGUUCAACACUGCCCUCAAAGAAUAUAUUUGUGCACAAUGACCAAAAUUCCAGCGGCUUCUUUAAUCUUUUCACGGCAAAAAUAUUACAAAAUGAAUAUCCUUAGAACCUUUCCAAGUUGGUCAAAACAUUCACUAACAAUAUUAUAUACAAAAACUUAUGUAGAUAUACUUCAUUGAAUAGACACAUUCUGGCCUCGACGAACAUAAUUAUUUGCAGCAAUAAAACCGUCAAAAAAAGAGAAUUUUCGUUUGUGCUAAUUGAUAAAACUCACAAUAACUUAAGCUCCUAAAGGCACUUAAAUAACUUUAAUUCGUAGCGGUAGGAACAGGACUCACAUCGCACGAAAGCACAGAUUCUGCAAGAUUCGUUGUAAAAAAAUUCUUCGAAUACAAUUUUCGUCAUGAUAACAAUUGAACAAGACUAAAAAUUGCUAAAAUACAACACGUUCUCCCGGUGUAUCUUAGUCUAAAUAAAUUUAAUGAACUCCAGUCUAUCAAAAGCGGUAGAUGUUGAACUCAUUUCAUGCAAAGUGUUAUUAGUCGGCGGUCGAUGUACAUUGUUCAGUAGAUCCUUUCAAAUCUCUAUCUGUAUUAAUACAGGAAGUUGCCAAAUGAAGCUCGACUAAUUCUAGGGAAAUGCAAUGAGAUGGUUUUUUAUUCACCUUUUGGAAAUGACCAUCUCCUGUGGUAAACAUUUGCCUUCUUUCUUUUGAGAUAAACAGCGAAAUUAAGGACCUGCCUGACUUAGGGUUUCCAAGACGAUUUAAUUUAUUCGCCAGAAAUUGGAUAAUGUAUGGUGUCUUCUACCUAGUGGAUCGACCUGUUCAGUGCUUUAGAAAGGAAAUUAGCUCAUUUCUCUUUAGCUUUUAUCUGAUGCGAAAUUAAGUGCCGUCAAAAUAUAUUUAACAUAAAGCUUAAUGGUCCGAUGUCAUUUCAAAUUAUUAAUCCAGAUUUUCUCAUUUACACAGGUACCUUCCCACUGCAUUGAGGAUAUCAAAUCGACAAGCUUUUAAAAAAGUGGAAAUUUAGCCCCCCCAAAAAAAAACUGUGAAAGAAAGCUCCUUGUUACGCCAAGUAACCGUGGUUGACAACGAAAAAGUCGUCCAAAUCUUUUAUGACGUUUUAAAAUAUCUUUUUGUUUGUUACUUUCCCGUCAAACUACCUGUCAACAAGAGAAAACUUUUCAGCCCAAAACUGCCAUCAAAAUAGAUAAUACAUCAUUUCCUGUCAACCGUGGGGGAUAAAGAGAGAUUUUCGAUUGCAAAACCCGCAAGUACAGACUUCAAGCACUUAACGGUUUACAAGUGCCCGUGGAACCGCCAACAGCUGCAGUCCGAGCCAUGAAUCACACAAACACAACCAACCCAGGCGCAAAACUAAACGAUUCAGUAACUAGCGGCAUCUACGAUCCUCUAAAUAUUCUUUCAUUCAGCUGCUUGCUUCUGAUUAUGACAAUGACCUUAUUUGGAAAUGCACUUGUUAUUCUCGCCUUCAAGAGGAACAUGAAGAUUCGCACAGUAACAAACUACUUCGUCGUAUCUUUAGCCGUAGCAGAUAUCUUGGUGGCCUUGGUAUCCAUGCCGAUAUGGGCUGCUUAUCUGAUGUCCGGGGUAUUACUCAAAGAGGUAUUCCUAAAAGUAUGGACAUUUAUGGAUAUUCUCUGCGGAGUGGCUUCCAUUAUAAACUUGACCGCAAUUAGCAUCGAAAGGUACUUCUGUAUCACUUAUCCCCUCAACUAUCACACCACGAUGACGUCAACGAAGGCUAUAACUACCAUCAUCAUCAUUUGGAUAUUUUCUAUCAUUAUGUCCUCGCUUAAGAUUAUCCUGUGGGAAUGGCCUCCACCAAAAUACGAACUAAUGAUAGUUAUCAGUUGCUUUUUUGUGCCGCUUCUAAUCAUGUGUAUUUCUUACAGAUUUAUUUUCAAAACUGCGCGCUUUCAAGCGCGCCAAAUAGCGCUCAUGAUAAAAGGUAACGUCAAAAACUUUCUCCUGGCGUCGGAGAUGCGCGCCGCAAAAACGUUAGCCGUCGUAAUGGGCGCUUUUGUGAUCAGUUGGGGACCCUUCUUCAUCAUAAACAUAGUGUAUGGUUUUUGUGAUGGAUGUGUAACAGAGCAAUCCGUUGUUGUGGCCAAAUGGAUGCACUACUCAAACUCGGUGUUCAACCCCAUUGUGUACGCGUGUAUGAACAAGGAAUUCAGAAAGGCAUUCUGCAUCAUACUGUUUGGACGAAAACGAUGUUGCAGACCAAGAGGCAGAAAUGAAACCACGGAUCAAACAGAACUUACCCUAGGAACUGAGGUACAAAAUCAUGUCGCAGUGAAAAAGACUUUGGCAGGAAAUUCUCCGGGUUACAAAAUGGAAAUUCAUGUUACUCAAGGCAAACUGUUAUCGCAACCUGUCCUUUUGCAAGUCCUCAUGGAAUUAUCAAUGAAGGAAGGCCAAGCAAUGAACCAAACAAAUCUGUUCAAGCCGGAAUCAGAAUUGAAUAACUCAACGAUGGGUGAGCGAAGCAGCCCACUGAAUAUUCUUUCAUUUAGUUUCUUGCUGAUGAUCAUGUUCAUGACUUUAUUUGGAAAUACACUUGUUAUUCUCGCCUUUAAAAAGAACUCCAAGAUUCGCACAGUCACAAAUUACUUUGUAGUAUCUUUAGCCGUAGCUGAUAUCUUGGUGGCAAUAACAUCCAUGCCGAUUUGGGCUGCAUAUCCCUUGUUCGGGGCACGACUUAAAGAAAGUAUUCUUAAAAUCUGGACUUUUAUGGAUAUUCUCUGCGGGGUGGCUUCUAUAACAAACUUGACUGCAAUAAGCAUCGAAAGGUACGUUUGCAUAGCUUAUCCAUUUGAUUAUCAGAUCACAGUGACAUCACGGAAGGCAAUACCUAUCUUGAUCAUCAUUUGGUUAUUUUCUGUUCUGAUGUCCUCGCUCAAGAUUGUACUAUGGGAGGUACCUCCACCGAAAUACGAACUUACAGUCGUAAUAAGCUGUUUUUUCAUACCACUGUUAAUCAUGUGUAUAUUCUAUACCUGCAUCUUCAGGACUGUACGCUUUCAAAUUCGCCAAAUCUCGUUGGCGACGAACGUGAACAUGAAAAGAUUUCGUUUAGCGUCAGAGCUGCGCGCCGCUAAAACAAUAGCCGUUGUGAUAGGCGCGUUUGUCGUUUGUUGGGGCCCUUUCUUUAUUUUAAAUACAGUUUAUGGAUUUUGCAAUGGAUGUGUCCCAGCAGUAACAAUAGUUGUGGCAAAAUGGAUGCAUUACACAAACUCCGUGCUGAAUCCCAUUCUAUACGCCUGCAUGCAUAAAGAGUUCAGGAAGGCAUUUUUCGUCACAUUACUUGGAAGGAAACGUGUUUUUCGCCGAAGAGGAAUGGAAAAAUCCUCCUCAAAUGGAACAGAACUCGUCCAGUUCUGAAAACGUUUUACGACAUAAAUGCCGGCUUCAAAUGCUCUUUGAUCUCUGGCCGGUUAAUGUAACGCUUCUGAUCAUUGGCAAUCUAGGAAAAGUUUUGCCUUUUUGUUCAACGAAACAAUUACGAUUUUGUUAAUGUUGUACCUGUGUAAUUUCACACAAAUAUAUGAACGGGUUAUGUAAACAAAGUUAAGCAUUUGUUUAACAAAAUUGCGUCCUAAACACUCCUCAAUCUAGCUGAACCUUUCAUCUGAAAAUCUGUUUUUGUGAACAGUGGUAAGAGGACCGAAAGCUAU